AUGGAGCAACACAUCCUCGGCAUUGACGUCCUGCAGGUAGUUUCCCAGUUUAUCCUUGAUUUCUACCUUGACGUUAAUGAUCUUGGCAUCAAGGGCCACCUUAACGUGAACGAGUUGUACCCAAAGGCGCCAGCAACGGCACACCAAAGAGAUGAGGCCAUGAAGAAGGACCAAGUGAAAAAUUCAAAUAAUUAG